AUGGCAACACCGUCCACAGGCCGCCAGAACUCCCGCUUCUCGUCGCUGAACGUCUUCAAGUUCGCCUCCAGCCCGAAGCCGCCCCCGCUCCCGCCCAAGGACAUCCACUAUAUGCCCAACCCGUCCCUUCCUUCCUUGAAUCACUCAUUGUCUCCAGAUUCCUUCGCAUCUCAGCCCGCCACCCCCCUUUCUGCGCAGUACGGGGGCCUCACCAGAACUCCUUCGCCAUCACCGUCUUAUGCGCCUAGCCGCAUGACUAUGUCGCCUGCUUCGUCGUCGUCCGCGCUCUCGCCCGAGUCGGCGGGGUUCAGGAGAGGUCUGCAGAAGUUGUCCAGUUUUGGAAGACGACCGAGGACACCCAAGUCACCCGAGCGUGAUCUUGCCGCUUUACAACCACCAGACCCGGUCGAGGAUCCGUCCAUAUCAUUGCCGUGGAACUUUCAGCUGCAAUGGACUGCCACCAACAUGGGCCACGAAGCUGGGUGA